UAUCGUGCCAACCCUGACACAACCAUAUCGUGCCAACUGCCAACCCUGACAGAGUCGCACAGCUCAGCCUGCCCUCACAAGUCCCGCGCACACCAAAUACUCGGAGCAGCAGAGGACAGAGAUAACCAACCUGCCUCUUACCGCGCAUGCGGUAACGCAACAGGAAAUAUUAAGGGAGUCCCUCAUAGAUGUUUAUGCCUUUACUGCAUAUGGCUAAGUGCCUGCCCGUGCACCUGGAGAUCAGUCCGCUGGAUACUUCUAUCUGGAGACGUGGGGAGCUGUAUUUAUCUUUUUCUACUCUUGCGUUCACAAUGAGCGAAAAAUCAACUAGUUCAAAAAACAACGGAGGGCAAGAAGGCCUGGAGGCAGAUGCUGAGAAAGAUGACAGCCCCCGAGUCCAAAAGCAGUUGCAAAUUGAGAGACAAUUGAAAUGUUUAGCCUUUCAAAAUCCUGGACCUCAGGUCGCAGACUUUAAUCCUGAAACUCGAAAACAAAAGAAAAAAGCCUACAUGUCUCAGAUGAAUGGAUAUUACACUACCAACAAGGUUUCUCUAAAAAAAUAUGACAAGUAUGGUAAACUGCUGUGUAAUAACCAGGACCUAUGUGACUGUCUGGAGGAGAGCUGCAAAGGCUGUUUCUAUCCUUGCCUUAAGUGCAGCUCCAACAAAUGUGGACCCGAGUGUCGCUGCAACAGGAAGUGGGUGUAUGACAGAAUACAGACGGAGACUGGCGAAAUCAUCAGCAAGCUGCCGUUUUAUGUUCCAGAUUAGUGCAGUAAAAAGUUUCCUUAGCGUUGCUGUUGUUGAAGCUGAACAUAUAUGUGUGAUACUAAGUUGUGUAAGAAAAGACAAUUGGGAAAGAGAAUGUCCUUGGUAAAUCAGCAGGAGCUCCAAAACACAUCAGUCAAAUUAUGUCAUAAAUGUAAGGUUGGUUGGUUGGUGUCCUUACUGACCCCAAGAACAGACUAGGUCCACUAAGGCUAGGUUUCCACUUGGUUUUUUUCUAGCAGUUUUUGGAUAUCUGCCACUGCAGUUUUUGAUCCAAAGCCAGAAGUGUAUUCAAAAGGAAUAAGACAUAUAAAGGAAGAACUUACACUUCUCCUCUCUUAUGGAUCCACUUCUGACUUUGGCUCAAAAACAGCAGUGGCAGUUUUGCAAAAACUGCCAAAAAAAAAAAACAAGUGGAAACGUAGCCUAAUGGCCAGACCCAGCACUCACCUGUUCAUGGGAUUGUUGGGGAUGUCAGUCUUUUAUGACCUCUCAUGUUAUAUGAUAGAAAACCCAUUUUAAUUUACUUCUGUUAAGUAAAAAAUAUGGGACAUGUUCCAUUUGGAUGUAACAUUAUAGAGAUAUUGGGGGAGACUUAUCAAAACCUGCCCAGAGGAAAUGUUGCUGAGUCGCACAUAGCAACCUAUCUAAUUUCUUCUUUCAUUUUUGAAAAGGUCUCCUAAAAAAUGCAAGAAGGGAUCUGAUUGGUUGCUAUGGGCAGCUCGGCAACUUUUCCUCUGGACAGGUUUUGAUAAAUCUCCCCCAUUGUUUUAGGGUAGGAUCUUAAGACGUUGCUGCAAAGAACACGUGAUGGAGAAGUAGGGGCACCCUGUGCCACACAACUGCCUCCUGCAUAUGGUUCUGCUGUGUUCAAGAGGCAUAAGGAAGCAUUUUCAGACAGGUCUACUUAUUUUUUUUUUCUUUUUAUGUUUUAUAUUUUGCAGAGGAAAGAGAACUUGUGUUUAAUUUUAUAAUUCAUGACUAUGCAAGCCACUGCUAGAACAAUGCUUUUUGAUUGUUCUUUCUAUUUUCUUUGUCUAUUUUCACAAAGCAGGUUUAUGCUUAAGGAAUAUUAAUAUUUUUGUACUUUUGCACAAGUUUAUAUUUUGUACAAAAAAAAUUAUAUUUUAUAUUCAGAGUUAUUCAUAUUUCUCAUAAGUUAAUUUUUUGUAUAAUAAUUUAUAUAUCCAGCAUUUGACAGUUUUUCUUUUAUCAUUGCCCUUAUGUCUUCUAAUUUGUUUUAUGGUCAGAUGGGAUUAAAGAACUGCCUUUCUUGUC